GGCACACUCAUUUAGGCAUUGAGUGACCCCGGCAUGAUCAGUGCUGUAUGAGAUUGCGACUCUGGGACACAGUAAACAAGCGCUAGCUAGCGGAAUGGACCGUUGCUCACAACGAAACAACUGCCUACCCACACCGGGAAGUCUCCUCACAGUUCGCUUACCAUCAUACUACAUGAGUUAAGCAAGAACCAGUCGUCUUCGGGUAUCAUACAGCAUGGCGGCUAUUGUGCAUGGCGUACCCGUUGCCAUCCCACCACCCGAAGGAUACGUCGUCGACUUCGACAACCCGCAGCGCCACACCGUCACCGAAGCUUAUUGGCUCUUUGGCGUUGGGAACGUGUUUUGUCUGCUUUUCGUGUACCAGAGAGCUCAUGUGAGGCUAUUUAUUCAAAAGCGAAUUCUUCUGGAAGAUGUUUGCCUGUUCAUUGCUUAUGUCUGCUCUGUGGUGUUGCAAGUCCUGAUUAUCCGUAAUUAUGUACGCGGCAUCAUAGGUAUCCACGGCUGGGAGAUGCCUCUGAGCAAAUACCGCGACUUUGUCAAGGCCUUAUACCGUCUCCCAAUUCUUUACAACCCCGUCCAAUGCGGUGCCAAACUAGCUCUUCUUUUGGUGUAUCGUCGUCUUGCACCGCAACUGUGGUACCGAUACGUGGUCUGGUCCGUCGGAUUUGUUGUCGUUGGCUCCUCCGUGGCAAUCUUUUUUACAACCAUCUUCCCGUGUCGCCCGAUCGCCGCCGCCUGGGACAUUACCAUCACGGAAUACGAAUGCAUCGAUCGCCCUGGCGUUUACAAAGCAACUGCCAUCUUGGGCGCUAUUGGCGAUGUCCUGGUUCUGGCUGUGCCCAUGCCAAUCAUCAUCAAGCUGCAUGUUCCACGGAAGCAAAAGAUCUUGAUGAUCAGCUGUUUUGGCAUUGGUGCCGUCACGGUCAUGACCUCCAUCAUGCGUCUUGUCAAACUCAUCCGGUCAAUGAGUGACGCCGAUCAGCCCUGGGGUGCUGGCCCAGUCCUUGUGUGGAUCCUCGUCGAAAGCAACCUCUCCUGUAUAUGCGGCUCCCUUCCAACCCUCAAGGUCUUCAUCGCCCAUGUGUCGCCUCGUCUGCUAGGCAGUGACUGCUCAAAACAAACAUACGGGUUGUCCGAUACGAAUGCCCGAGCAACAAUUGGCGGUUCAGGGGGAGAACGCAUAAUGCGUCACGACCAAUAUAGUCGAUUCGACGAUGGCACCCCUUAUCCUCUCGAAACAAUAAUCAAUGUUGAAGCCGGUAGCCACGAAGACUCCGAAAAGCAGCGGAGCGACAGUCCAUAUGAAAUCAACGGUAAUUCAGGUGUUUGGGAGGAACAUGGGGACGGCAGUUCUGACAAAGCCAUUUAUCAAACACGGACGACGACAGUGACAUAUUCCAAGUGAAAUAUGUGUCGUAAGAUGCCGCAUUGAUCAACGGAUGGAAAAUAGACC